GCAGAAGGGGUGUCGCCUCCCGAGGCGGGGCUGCUGUCAGCCGUCCGUUGCCGCGCACUUCUGGCCGCCUGGGUGUGAGCUGUCCGCGGAGACGCGCGCCCGUGAGAUGCAAGGAACCGAGCGGGCCAGCAGGGAGGUUCACCUUGGACUCCAGUUCUGUUUCCCCAAAGUUUGAGAGGAUGAAAUCAGAAAAAUUGGAAGCUCAACCACCCACCCCAGGACAGCUGAGAUAUGUAUUCUUCCACAAUGCGAUACCUUUCGUAGGGUUUGGCUUUUUGGAUAAUGCAAUUAUGAUUGUUGCAGGAACCCAGAUUGAGUUGUCUAUUGGAAUUAUUUUGGGAAUUUCAACGAUGGCAGCUGCUGCUUUGGGAAAUCUUGUGUCAGAUCUAGCUGGACUUGGACUUGCAGGUUAUGUUGAAGCUUUGGCUUCCAGGUUAGGCUUAUCAAUUCCUGAUCUUACACCAAAGCAAGUUGACAUGUGGCAGACACGCGUCAGCACACAUUUGGGCAAAGCUGUUGGAGUGACUAUUGGCUGCAUUCUAGGAAUGUUCCCUUUAAUAUUCUUUGGAGGAGGUGAAGAAGAUGAAAAACUGGAAGAGAAAAAUUAGUCAUCUUAGAAUACCUAUAAAAAGAUGUAAACUGUUGUACCUCAGUUAUUAAACAUGCUGUCACAGCAUUUAAGAAUUAAGACAGAAACCUUGUAUAGAUAUGGGAUCAAAUAAUUCAGCAUGUAUUAUGGAAAACACUAACUUAUUGUGGCUUGGUCUUCUUAGGACAUCUUUUUUUAAAAAAACUAGUAUUGUUUUGUGUAAACUGUUGAAAUGCUUUUUCAUCAAUGGCAGUCAGCAUUUUAUCUUUUCCCUCUAUUUCUUUAUACAUCAAAUACUAUUUAAGUUUCAGUCGUUGAUGUACUGUACUGACCUGGGUUUGCUUACUUGUUACUUAUCAUGUGUACAUGCAUGAAAGCAUUUGUUGUUAUUCCCUGAUAGUUACAAUUCAACCUUAAGGUUUUCCCAGAUUUCUUAAGCUUAAUAUUAGUUAAAGAUUUUUUUACUCUCUUUUUGGCAGCAUCAAUUUUGUACUGUUUCACAGUAAACAUUUACGAUCAUGUAAUUUUCAGUAAUUUUUACCUCUCAUCUAUUCAAAAAGAAUGCAGAUUUCAAGUAUGUGUUACUCAUUUUAAUUUUCUGACCAUACUGUCUUAAGAGCCAGAGGUUGAUCAGAAAGAGCAAUUAUGUAGUCUCCCUCUUACAUACAACUGCACAUGCUAACAAGUGUACUUAUUUCUAGGUGACUUUUUUUAGCCUUUAAUUUUCCUCAAAUGAGUAAUUACAUGGUGGAUUCUGACUCCUGAAGGGAAGAAAAUGAUUAUUUUAUAGUUUUUUAAAAUAAAGAUUAUAGAAUUAGGGGGAAUCUAAGCAGUUGGACAUAGCACUUGAAUCUAAGAGGUUAAGUUUUUUUUAAGAGAAGUAGAAUUGGAAAUUGUCAAGAAGGCUUAUGGUACAGGAAGUAAAGUUGAAGUGGUGUUUGGAAGGUAAAUGAGAUACAAAUUCUAUUGCUUGGGAAGGAUUUUUUUCCUCCAAAAAGUGUUAUCUUCCAUCUGAAUAGAAUGAAUCUGAAUAUUAAACACUCAUAGUUCUAAUGUUUAGUGAAUUUAAUUUCUUUUGAAGUGAGCUAAAUAUCAUGUAUUUUGCUUUUUUGUUGUAUAAUCUAGUCAAAAGUUACAUAAGGAGAAAUAUUUUCUCCCAUAUUUGUCCUUUUUCUUCCUUUGUGCAAGUGCUUAAAAAGCAUAUGCUUGGUUAAUGUUGCUCAUUUCCAGUCUUGUGUAUGUAAUCAUGUAUGACUCAGAUUUUAAAUCUUUAAAGUUUUUUUUAGCAUGUUAUCUGUACACAUGCUAAAAAAUUACUUCUGUUUGUAACAGAGUAGACACAUCAUGGAAAAGAAAUUAAAAGUUACUAUUUUGGUUACUGAAAUGUUGCUAAGUAGAUGCACAAGAAGACAAACUUGUAUGAUUACUCUCUUUACAGGUAUAUUAUUUUAAGUUUCAUUUACACAUAGUUACUUUUUCUUAUUUUCAGAGAUUUUUUUUCAUAACAUGUAUUAAAUUCUCUGCACUUCAGAAUGAUUUAGUGAUAUCCAUUAAUCAUGAAUUUUGAGGGAGAAGGAAAAUACACAGUAUAAAGUAAGUAUAUAAAAUUCUUAUGCACAAAUAGUGUGACAUUCUCAUUUGAUUAAGAUUAUAUAACUUGAAAUCUUAAAAUUCUUUUAUAUCUUCCAUAUAUCACAUAUAAGCAAAAAUAUCUUUUAAACUUCAGAUUAUCAGUCUAUCAAAUUAUCAAUUAUUGAUCCUGUCAGGAUUAGAGUGAUUAAUAUUUUUGGUAAAUGUAUAAAUCCUUUUUUCCCUAACUUUGUUUAAGAAACAAAAAAAAAUUUUUUUUUUUUAAAUUUUGGUGCUUAGCUUCUUAAGUCCCAUAUCUAGAAACUUGGCCUAUAAGUUUAGAAAGAACUUUUUUUGUUGUUAUUCUUAAAAAUAAUCCAGUUCUUCUACUAAUGAAAUUUAUAUUAUUUACAGAAUGUUUAUCAGUUUAAUUAAAAAUCUGCAGAAUUAUUUAAGUUGCCAAAAUUUGGAAUAUAGAACCUUCAUACUGAAAGAUACUGUAUUUCACAGUCACAAUAAAAAAAAAUUUGAAUCAUUUAGAGAAUUGGUUUUCAAAACACAACGCCCUUCUGACCUUAAGUGGAGAUGUACAUUUUUCAGGGUCUUGGCCUGCUCUAAUACGGUGCUUUGCACAGGUGAUUUCUGAAGAAUGGGUCCUUUUCGGCAAAUGAUCUGUGGCCAUUAUUUCAUGUUACUUACACAAAGAACCUUAUUUCAGAUUGAAACUGGAACUCCUUGUUUCUCACACUAGCUAUUUCUCUGUUAGGAGCACUAAACUUAAGGUAAAUGCAGCGUGAACCACUUUAGUACUGUUUGUUUGAAAUUCGUGUUGUCCGUAUUUUACAACUUAUUGACUUGUUCAUGCAUGUAAACUGGGUGCAUUUUAUUGCUGCUGUAUGUUAAAUGGUGACCAAUGUUUUUACAAAAGAAUUGAGCAAAAAAUAUCUUUUAACAAAUUUGGAAUGUGGUUUUGAUUUUAACAUUAGAUUUUUUUAACUAAUCUCAGUAGGCCUUGCUUAUUCUGUUGCUAAAGGAAAUUAGGUUUAAUAAAUACAGAUUUGUUACAAGGUGGUAGCAAUAUCACUGAGACCAUGCAUGGAACUGUUUACUGCUCUCCUGAAAUCCACAUUUGGCAUAGAUGCUUGAGGGAAGAAUGAUCUCACCAUAAAUAGCAAAAAUGUCUGGAGACUGGGCGUUACAGCCGAGAUAUCCACACCACUCAUACAAUAAUGUCUCAUUUACUGUACCCCCUCUCUAGAAGGUAAACUCUGAAGAAAGUGGAAGUUCUUUUUUAAUCCAAAAGAUUGCAUAAAUUUUGAAGUUAACCUACCUAACUUUAGAAUUAUAAUUUCUCACCAUCUUUAAACAUUAUUAGAUGUGGUAGAACCUUUUUCUUGUGGUCAGGUGUCUUCAUGGACUGUUGUGUGCUAUGAUGCAGUACCUUAGAAAUCUAGGUCUUAGGAUUUUUCAUUUUCCUUUUUUGCUGCUCUUGUUUAUGGCUCUUGUUUAUUUCUUCUCUCUGCUUUCUCAUUUGUAUGGACUUAGGAAGUAGAUAGCCAUUCUCAGCAUAAAUUGUUUGGGAGUUACUAGAAAAUAAGCUAUGGAGCCUAAAUGAAAUGAGUACAGUAGUAAUAAUUGUGUUCCACUGUAGAAAUACUUUCUGCUAUAUACUGUAGUAUUUCACACACACUGCCACAUUGCAUAACACUGUUGGUGCUGUUAUCAUCUCUGUCUCAUAGUGGGCAAAAUGAGGCAUGGAGAGGCAAUUUUGCCCACAGUGUCACUCAUAAGAGAUCUGGAGUCCAACUUUGUCCAUGUGUAAGGACUGUGUUCUUCACUAGUAUGCAGUAGGGACAUCAGUUGCAUGGACUUUGUAAGGUGUGUUCUCUGUUUAGUUUCCUUUACUCCUUCAGAUUCCUUUAGAUGACUUAUUUUCUCUAUAGCCCAGGGGAAUUGUACGUACAGCCCAAAGAUUGAUUAGCAAAUUCUGUGAUUUUGAAUGUGUAUCACAUGCUAGGUACUAAUAUCUCGUCUUCACGGGGGAAGAAAACAACAGAAAAGCAAGUAUAUACUAAAUUUUUUUUUUUGUUCUCAUAUUGGUCA